AAGCAUUGGUAUCAACGCAAACCCUAAUGCCCUUUGUUCAUAGUUGAAGCUGACGGACGCCUCCUUCUGUGAUCCAGCUUUAAUUUGGAAGGAUGGUGAGAAUUAGUGUCUUGAACGACGCUCUUAAAAGCAUGUACAAUGCAGAGAAGAGGGGGAAACGACAGGUCAUGAUCAGGCCUUCCUCUAAAGUGAUCAUCAAGUUUCUUAUGGUUAUGCAGAAGCACGGAUAUAUUGGGGAAUUUGAGUAUGUCGACGAUCAUAGAUCUGGAAAAAUUGUUGUUGAACUCAACGGUAGGCUGAACAAGUGUGGGGUUAUUAGUCCUCGUUUUGAUGUGGGUGUCAAGGAAAUUGAAGGCUGGACUGCUAGGCUGCUUCCUUCCAGACAGUUUGGAUUCAUUGUGCUGACAACAUCUGCUGGAAUUAUGGAUCAUGAGGAGGCUAGAAGGAAGAAUGUUGGAGGGAAAGUCCUUGGUUUCUUCUAUUGAACAUGGUUUUGAGCCACACCCAUUAUGGAAUUUUGACAUAGCUUUCGAAUAGUACUAUAUUUUCUCGGUAAAGAAAGAUCUUAUCCUGUAAUAAUUAGAUUUUGUGUUGCCAGUAAUUUAAUUCCAAGAUAAUUUGAUUGUUUUGGUUAAGACAUUUUGGUUUUUUAAAAUUAUAUUGGAAGAGAACCAUUGCUUUUUGAAUC